UGCAUUUCUACACAGAACUCUUUGCUAGCGCUAGCCCCACAGGCUAAUUUAGCUAACAUUAUAGCUGGGAAAGUCAUCGUUAGCCACAAGCUAAUUUAGACGCUGAAAUGCAUUGGUGACACCGUAUCGGCAAGUUAAGGUUUAACUUAGAAUAACAAGUGUUGUAUUUUGGUAGUUUGGGUUGUUGUGAGUGUGCAGCCUACCACUUGUGGUCUGCUUGUUAGUAGCUGUCUAGCGUUGGUGUUGUUAAAGUAAAUUAUUCUACAUUGUAGCUAGCUGGCUAGCUAGCUAGCCAUCUUAGUUGUGAAUUGCUAUGUGUGGUUAACUAACAAACUAAGUUAACGCUAGUAGUACCAACCAAAAGACAGGGCAGACGAGGUUAGUAGCUUCAGCUGGUCGGCAGGAGUCAUUCAUCGUAAUAUAAAUAAGGUUCCCUGCACUGCCCUGUCUUUGAUCUGAGCUGGAGAAGAAGAGGCUAACAUGGCAGCCAAAGCAGGAGACAACCCUGACAGCCUCAUGACACUGGCAACGGUCUUUUGCCUGAGAAACCUCAGGAAAACCAUGUGCUACCAGGGAUUCAGGAACAAGCUCUGCCUGCGCUCAGACAUCUUCCUCCCCAGCGAAAUCUGCGACAAGCUGGUCAACACAUAUAUGGAGUUGGUCCACACAGACAGUAACUUUGAACCAGAGGAAAGCUUCUUCCAACUAUUCUCUGACCCUCGCAGCACCAGACUGACCAGGGUACAGCUGAGAGAAGACUUUGUACGUGACAGAGAUCUGGAAGCCAUUAGAAAACAGGACCUGAUUGGGCUCCACCUCACCUACUGCAACAGCCUGUCAUCCCGCAGCUUGAAAACACUGACCUGCUUCCGUGAGACGUUGGUAUCUCUUUGUCUCUUCGGCUGUAGCCACAUCUUCUAUCGGAAGGGCGGCGCCCCGCUCGCCUGCAAUGAAGACACAGAGGAUGAGGAAGAGGAGAGCCCUGCUUCUAGGCAAGCAUUAGAGACAGACUUUAACUUCCAGGGGUUCAACCGCCUCAGGUUGCUUAAUUUAGGUGGCCUGCCUGACGAAGUGGAUGCUGAGACCCUGCUCAAACCUCUGAAGUCACUCACCUCACUAGAUCUAUCUAAUGUACAGUUGCUGGGAACAGCUUUUCUCACCCAGUGGAAAGAUAGACUGGCGUCUCUUGUUCUCUACAAUGUGGACCUGUCAGAGGAGUUGGUCAGCACAGUGGUCGAGAUUGUUAAUCUCAGACAUCUUGACAUCUCACGGGAGAGCAGGCGAACCUCCAAGUUUAAGAUGACCAGGAAAAUCCUGACAGCCAUCGUACAGUGUCUGGUCAAUCUGGUGUCACUGGACAUCUCUGGUCACAUUAUGCUGGACAACUGCACAGUUCCUCACUUUGAAGAAGCUAUGGGUCGGCCAAGCAUUGAGCCGUGCAAGAGCAGCAUCUAUCCUUUCCAGGAGCUGAAGAGGCCCCUGCAGUUUCUGGGCUUAUACGACACCACCCUCUGUAAUGUGACACACAUCCCUGCUUAUAAGGUGACUGGAUCCAAGAAUGAAGACCAGGUUCUUAAUGCCAUUGAGGCUUACACAGAGUUUCGCCCUGAGCUGGCCCACAGAGCUAUCAAUCAGCUGUUUGACAUCGCCAGGAUACAACACUGCAGCCAACUCCUUCGAGCUUUGCAACUCGUCAUAGCAGCAUUGAAGUGCCAUAAAUAUGAUAAGAGCAUCCAGGUAACAGGCAGCGCUGCACUGUUCUACCUGACCAACACAGAGUACCGCAGUGACCAGAGUGUGAGGUUGCGUAGAGAGGUCAUUCAAGUGGUACUAAAUGGAAUGGAACAGUACCAGGAGGUCACUGUCCAGAGGAACUGCUGCUUGACUCUGUGUAACUUCAGUAUUCCAGAGGAGCUGGAGUUCCAGUACAGUCGGGUCAACCAGCUGCUGCUGAAAAUCCUGGAGCCAGCCAGGCAGGAUGAGUCCAUCCAGAGAAUUGCUGUGCAUCUCUGCAAUGCUUUGGUCUGUCAGGUGGACAACUAUCACAAGGAAGCAGUGGGAAAGAUGGGAUUUGUCAAGACAAUGUUGAAUUUAAUUCAGAAGAAGUUACAGGACAGAAUGUGUGACCAGGUGAUGGAGUUUUCUUGGAGCGCUCUGUGGAACAUCACUGAUGAAACACCCGACAACUGUCAGAUGUUUCUCAACUGUCAGGGCAUGAAUCUUUUUCUGGAGUGUCUGCAGGAGUUUCCAGACAAGCAGGAGCUUCACCGCAACAUGUUGGGGCUUUUGGGAAAUGUUGCUGAGGUCAAAGCACUGAGACCACAGCUGCUUACCCCACAGUUCAUCACUGUAUUCAGUAACCUGCUGGACAGUAAGGCAGAUGGCAUUGAGGUGUCAUACAACGCGUGUGGCGUACUUUCACACAUCAUGUUUGAUGGGCCGGAGGUUUGGUCGAUGGAAGAGCCUCGAAGAGACACGGUUAUGGACAAGAUGUGGGAUGCUAUCCAGAGUUGGGACGUCAGCUCACGCCGCAACAUCAACUACAGGUCAUUCGAGCCCAUCCUGCGACUGCUGCCCCAGAGCAUCUCCCCUGUCAGUCAGCACUGGGCCACAUGGGCUCUCUAUAACCUGGUGUCAGUUUACCCAAGCAAGUAUUGUCCCCUGUUGAUUAAGGAAGGAGGGAUAAGUCUUCUAGAGAAAGUUCUGGAACUGGAGAGCUCACAGCCAGAGACCAAAGACAUGGCCAGCAAAGUAAUGGAGCAGUGUGAAAACUUCAAAGAAGACCCCAUGGAAACAAAUCAUGGACAGGAGGUAAACUAUGGACAAAGAGGUUGACACCACAGGAGCCAUGAUUCCCAGCAAACAUCAAGCAAACCAACCUAAGGCCCCUCCUACUGUCAUCACCACAAGGGUCAAUUGUGUGCAUUAUUCUUAUUCUUAUCAUCCUUAUUAUUUUGUAGAGCAGAAGUGUGUCUCUGACCGUCUUCACAGCAAUUUGGACAAAAGCUUAAUAUAUGACACAUAGGACUUAAGAUGUGGUGCAUGGUUUUCGUUGUGAGGGUGCUUACCUUUGCUGCACAUAAGCAUCUCUUCUGUUGGGACAGGUUAAUGGGGGUGGGUGACUGUUAUCACUCAGAUUGUGUGUGUGUGCGUGUAUGUGUGCGCGCGUGCAUGUGAGUGUGUGAGUCUCUGUCUCAAAGACUUAACGGCAUAACAAACGGCUGCAGUGAUGCUUGGUUCCCAGUGGAAGGAAACCAAGCCCUCUCCAGCUCACUACCGUUAACAGUGUAACAUUGAACAAAAGGCUGAAGGUGGUGUCCUGCACCGCCCUCAGAGGUCUCAGCUCUCACACUGCUCUCUCACAGUCACUCAUGCUUGUGGAGGCCACUGAACUGUUGACACAUGUACAGUGAAUAUUAGCCAUUAUGUGUGUAGGCUGAUGUUGACGGGAGGGAAGUCUUCCCAGACCAUGUGGUACAAUGAUGGACUUCUUUGUUAUAUAUGUAAAUAUUCUGUACGUCUCAUCCUUUUACUGUGUGUAUGUUUUAUAAUAUAACUGUCAACACUCAUGACUUUAUUCUGUAUUUAAAUUUGUUUAGGUUCGACUGACAUUUGGUCAGCGUUAAGAAACUAUACACAGAAUACCCAAUCAUUCAAAUGUAGUCUGGCAAUCCUGGAUACGCUGGUCUUUGAGGGAUAAUUUAGAUUUAGUUCAACCUUGCCUCUGUUUUUAAUUAUCUGGCAUGUUAACUUGACUCUGUUGAUUCUCCUUAUUGGAAGCAGUAGUUAGCUUCAAGAAUGAGGGAGCUCAAAACACUCAAAAUACACUAUAUGGCCAAUUACAUGUGGACACUACAGGAGCUAGUACACAAAGCCAGGUCUGAUUCAGCACUGCAAUCCUAUAUAGUAACAUUGUUGGACUCAUGAACAGUUUUUUUUUUUUUUUGUUUUGUUUUUAAAGGAUCAAAACCAAUGCACCAUGCAAUCUUCUUCCAUGUCAAAACCUGGUGCCUACAUUAACCACAAUGCAACUGGGCCGCAGCCAGUUAGGUCGGAGAUUCUGGCUUGUGGGAGAAGUUUGCCCUCCUAACACGUGGUUAACGUAGUGAUGAUGUGUUGAAAGCCUUCAUUUUGAGAUUCUGGCAUGUUAUGCUAGUAGCGGCUAAUGUAAUCUUGAGCCUCAGGCCUCUAUCAGGAAUGGGGAAUUGGCUACAGAGGUCUGGUGAGUUCAUUUCUUUGUAACUCCACACCCCACAGUUUUUGUUCCCCCAACCAGCCUUCAGCCCCGACUGACGCUGACUCAAGUGACAUCACUCGAGGGCAGGAUUUCACACUGUUGUUGUGACAAAGUAGUUGAACAUAUAUAAAUAUUAUAGACAGGUGACAGUUCAGGCACCGUCUGGAAACUUAAAGCUGUCUCCAGUGUUUUGCCCUCAAGCUCAACAGUGCUUCCAGUGGUCUUGUAUGAUGCCAGAUAAUGAAAUGGACGAGGCUGAAGGGAACAGUUAUCCUUUAACAACACCUGAUGGCCCAUCAUUUUUACUGGUUGGUCAACAUGCUGCUAAGUGACUGCUUCACUUCAAUCAAACACUUCUAGUAUGCGUUGUCCCAUGGUACUAUACUAACAUUAAACAGCAGAUGAAGCAAUAAGUGAUGGGAGAACAAGUGCAUUGACAUGUCUGUUUAAAGUUGAAACUGCAAUGUUGUGAAAGCAAAGAAGCUCCUUUUUCUCACUCCGGAUCAAAGUCUGAUUUUAUUCACUCCAUUUGCUCUUAUGACCUUAAAGGUGCCCUGUGGAGUUUUCUUUAAUUUUAUAUUUUAAAAGCUAAUUUUAUUUAUUUAUUUAUUUAUUAUAUAAUUUGCAAACUGCAAAUGUUUGCUAGCUCACAGUCUUCUCAUUUGCCUUUUAUGGCACACCAACCACCAACCGCCAAUAAGUAGAAUAGCAUAAAACUGUCACCCCAAAUACGUAUAGCUCUGCCCAAAUUUUUAUCUCUGUGGCUCCUUUUAUUUGGGCUCAAGGUCCAGACACAACAAGGACCCGCUCAUCAGAACAUUGCGCUGUUGCUACUAGUGGUUAAAAACUCCAGAGGGUACCUUUAUAAUGACCCUAGCUCGCUGGUUUCUUCACUGACAUUUCUCACAACGUGGCAUUGAGAUCAUUUAAAUGCUGAAUCAGGACGUUCUGCAAAAAGCAUUCACAAUGAGUUACCCUCUUGAGAAAGUGUGUGCGUGGCUGUCAAAGGCAGUGUAUUAAAUUCAUUGGUAAAAAAACCUAAUCCCAACAGUAGCUGAAAUGAUGAGCAGUUGCUUUUAGUUUAGAGAGUAGGUUACCUGUGGCAUAUAUUCAUUUUCAUACCAGUGAGGCAUGAGGAACACACAGACUCUUCCUGUUUUUAAGACCGUGUUUCAAUACUGUAAUUACAAACCGUGCAUUUUAUUUUGUUCAGAUGUGAGACAGGCACGCGUGACAUGUUUCCUUUGUUUACCAUCAUCAGGGCAGAUUUGGACAGUUACUGAACGUUCUGAUUGGAGUUGCCUUUCUAUCCUUAACGGGAGAUUUGACACACAGAUCACAGUUAUGUACCCAUAAGUAGACUCACAGUAAUGUGAUAGAAAUAGGAGAGCUUUCUUGUUGAAGUCUCCUUGCCUUGUGGUAUUAGUGAGUGAAAUACUGAUUUAGGGGGAAAAAGCUGAAAUUGAAGUUUUAAAUUGCAUCCAUAUUAAAAAAUUUGAGUCUGUUUAAUUCUACUAACUUGUAAUUUCAUCUUUGAAUGUGUGGCUAAAACCUCAACUAACUCCACCAUUAAUAAACUAUUGAUUUACCAAAUCAAGCUUAUCAUCACAUACACAGAGUUAAACACAGUACGACAUAGUGAAAUCUGUUUUCUGCAUGUUAACUCACUCAGGAGCAGUGGGCAGCUGCGGGGCAGCGCCUGUGGACCAACACCUUUUCUAAGACAUGACAGUUUAUCUAACAUACAUGUUUUGAUGUUGGUGGGAAACUGGAGCAUGCAGAGGGCACCCACACAAACACAGGGACAACAUGCAAACUGUACACAGAAAGACCCCCACAUGCAGCCAGGACCUUUCUGCUGUGCCGACUGCUGAGCCACCCUUUAUUACCCAAAUUGUUGAGGAUUUAAAUUUUUGUUUGUGCUGAUGCCGAUAAUAAGAUUUGGAUGGUGGGUUGGAGCGAGAAGAUUUCAUUCAUUGCACUCCUAAACCAGGGACUGCCAGGACCUUCAAACCCAUGCCAGUGAAGGAACAUAUAUGGCCAGUGAGCAUCCAGAACGUUUUCUCCGUCACCUGUAGACUGUGUUGGCUUAGAUCAACCACAGGGCUCGACAUUAACUUUUUGAGGCACUUGUCCUUCAGGGUAGUAAGUUGUAGUAAGUUUACUUUUGACUUUUUCUGGCAAAAACAUAACUUGUCCAGACAACAAUGACAAUAAUUCACUUUUGUUAUAUUGUUUACAGAAUUCAGACAAAUAGUGGAAAAAAUCCAAUCACUGUCAACAUAUAAAUGAUACAAUUUCAGAAUUGAUCAAAAUGGCUGUACUUAACAUUUUCCCCUCAAGAAAUCACAUUCCUGUUCAUUUAGGUUGUAUACUCUGUAUGAUAUGUUACAUAUAUACACUAUUUUACUCAAGAGUAAAAUUACCAGUGUAAAAUUUAACUUAAAUAAAGGCAAGAACUGGGUCAGUUAGUAAAUGUUAAAGCUAUACGUUUGUGUGUUUUUUCAAAGAGCCAAUAGAUUAAUUAUUAAAUUGGGAACACACUUACACUAUGAGUAAAAUCCAGUAACAUGUCAGUGUAUACACUGGGGAAACAACAUCACACCUCAGAGCCAUGAUGUCCAAACCAACAACAAUAAAUUCCUUAUUUGUAGACGAACACUUGGAGCAGUGCGUAUAACUGAUUAUCAUCUAUAAAUACACCACUGCCUUUCUCAGUAAAGCCUUACUACAGUUAACCAGAAAACAGGACGAAACCCAACGCAGCAGCAAAUGGAGCGUCUGUGGGCACAGCAGCCGGUGCAGUAAACAUUAUCAGGGUAGAUAUGAAACCACCUGCCACUGUCACAACACAAUGAAGCAGACACACACACAUGUAUGGACAACAUAACCUCCACUGCAGCGACAGCCAACAAACACAUGGAAGUAAAAAACAGCACACCACUACGUCUGGAGCCAACGCAGUGGACUCUUUCCUCUGCAGUGAGAGGCAGGACAGAUCCCCUCCUGUUUGUUCUGCAGCAGUAUCAGCAGGAGUACCAGGCUGAAUUAGUGGGACGAAGUUUCUCUCUUACUCUGCUGUUGGUGUUCAGGAACAUCUGGCCUGAAAAGCUUUCUGCUGUCGGACCCCCAUAAAGAGGCCAUCUUCGUUUAGAAAUGAUCCAGUGAGAGCGGGUGACAGUUCUCUGUGCUGGUGCUAAACUAAUGCCAUUAUUUUCUGGUGAAUUGCACAGCUGCUAACGCUAGCAAGCUAACAUCACUUAGUUGUCAGACAAGUUGUGUUGCAGCCAGGAGAUCGCCAUAAUUCACUGCAUCGAUGAAUUUCUCCAGCUGUUUAUGGAUUUUUGUUCUCUUUUUGACUCAUACGUGCAGUUUUAGUUCCCUGGUGGAGCCUGAAGGAACAGCGCUGCAGAAUACUUGGAUGGACCAGUGAUUGGUCAAUCAAGGCACUCAGUUGGACGUUUUGUGGGAGAAAAGUACAUUUGUUUCAAAUGGGUAUUGUGAAUGUAUUCAUUUCACUAAAUGGCUGAGGUUUGGUUUUCUUUAAACUGAUCCAGUAGGGCAGUUACACUUCUCCCCUAUUUGCCCUGUAAAAAAAUCCCACUUGUCCCGGACAAGCAGGCGAGGCUUCAUGUCGAGCCCUGAGCCAGGUCAGGCGUAUAGCACUGUGGCUCCUCAGUGUGUGCAGUUCGAGCUAAAGCUUCUGUGUCAUUCAGUCUCCUACACAGUUUAAGAUCAUGUUCAUGGGUGAUGCCUAACUGAUGUUUUUAAGCUAUUCCAUAUCAGCUGUGCAGGGUUUACCCACUGACUUGAUUUCCUGGUUCUCAUGUACAGUUUUUCUUAGUGUGAUUUAAUGAGAAUCUGAUUGGUACAGCUCUGUUUCUAUUGCUAUUUCACUGUUCAGGUAGGCAGUGGUGUGAGAUGAAAAGCUUUAUUAGAGGCUCACGUAAUGUUUCUCUCUAGAAUUCCAGUGAGAUGAAGAGGAUUUACCAUGCUUUCAUAUAGGAUCAAAACAAAAUCUCCUGUGACUUUUUUUUGUUCUUAAAGGUUCUAAUCUUGAUUUUGAACAUUAAUAUAGAACGUGAAGGGGAAAGGGAAGUGUGUCCCAAACACAUUUUUUUUGGUCUGAGAUGCUGGUGCUGUAGUGCGCCACCUAGUGGCUGAAAAAGUCAUAUCGAGCCAUUAAGAAUCACAGUGUUUGAUUAAAGGUCAUAGCAGAGGUGUGAACUUCUUUCUAGAGAAAGCAGAUGAUCAGUUGGACAUCUGAAGUCUCCAUCAACUACUUUCUCUAAUGUGAAGAAGUCAUUGACUGUUCAGUUUAUGCUUCCCAGAAAAAAUAAUGUGUUGAGCUGAGGGCAGGGUGUCAGUGACGGCAGGUAGCAACUGUUGGGGUUUGAUUUUUAUUUAUAAAGAUGGAUGUGCUGAAACUUAAAAAAAAGUAACAUGAAAUACUGCUUCAGGAGAACUGCUGUCACAUACUGUUUCAUUUCAUUUACUAAUUUCAGAAUGUUUCUGGAGUCGGUCGACACUCUGUCUUUUGUAACUGCUGAUAAGUGUAAUCCAAAAUGGAGUGAAGAAUAUUUGAUCCAAACAUUAUGGAGUUCCAGUUUUUCCUGAUCUAAAUAGUACCAGAAAAUUGGUGUAAAGAUAUUAAUAAGCAAUAAAG